AUGUCAAUAAUUAUGACAGAAGUAUUUUCAGUGAAUAAUAAUAAUACAACAAAUAAUGUUUCAUCUAAUCAAUUAUUAAAUACAAUAAAUAAUGAAAAUAAAGAAAAUAUAACACUUAUUUGGUAUGAUUCAAAUAUUGGAUUACAUGAAAAUAUUGAACAAACAACACAACUUCGUUUAAUUAAUGAUUAUAUUAUUAUUUCUAUUGAUUUUGAACAAUGUAUUUCAUUUAUUCAAUCAAUUGAUAAUGAAAAAAUUUUUUUAAUUAUAUCAGCAUUAGAAGCAUCAAAAAUUUUAUCUCAAAUUUCUAAUUAUCAUCAAAUUGAUUCUAUUUUUAUUUUUAAUAAAGAAAAAAUUCGUUAUGAUUAUUUAUUAUAUGAAUAUUUAAAUAUAAUUGGAAUUUAUACAAAUUUUAAUGAUUUAUAUCAAUCAAUAAAACAACAAAUUGAUAUUGUUAAUAAACAAAUACAAACAUUUUCAUUUUUUAAUCCACAUGAAAUAUUAAUAAAUGAUUUAUCUAAACAAUCAACAGAAUUUCUUUGGUUUCAAUUAUUUAAAUAUAUUAUACCUUAUUUACCAUAUAAUCAACAAGCAAAACGUCAAAUGAUUCAAAUAUGUAAAGAAUAUUAUCGUGGAAAUCAAAAAGAAAUGAAAUUAAUUUAUGAAUUUGAACAAAAUUAUGAAUCAAAAGAUGCAAUAUUUUGGUAUUUAAAAAAAUCAUUUAUUUAUAAAUUAAUUAAUAAAGCAUUAAUAAUUAAAGAUAUUGAUUUAUUAUAUAAACUUCGAUAUUUUAUUAGAGAUCUUUCAGCUAAUUUUCAAUAUGAACAUGAAAAAAUUUUUUUAUUAAAUGAACAAAUAUUAAAUGUUUAUCGAGGAAUUAAACUUCAUAAAGAUGAAUUUAAUAAAUUAAAAAAUAAUAAUCAAGAAAAAUUUAUAUCAAUAAAUGGAUAUUUAUCUACAACACGACAAUUAUCAUUAGCAUUAAAUUUUGCAUUAAAAUCAACAAAAAAACUUGAUAUGAUUUCAGUUUUAUUUCAUAUACAAUGUGAUAUUAAACAAAUUGAUAAAAAUAUUAAUUUUAUUAAUAUUAAUCAAUAUAAUAAAAAUUUUGAUGAACAAGAAAUAUUAUUUGAUUUUAAUACAUGUUUUCAAAUUGAAUCAAUAGAUGAAAAUGAAUUAAUAAAAAUUAUUAAAAUGAAUAUUUCAAAUGAAGGACAAAAAAUAACAAAAAAUUUUCUUGAAUUAAAACAAAAAGAAAAAGAAGAAUUAAAUAUUUCAAUUAUUUUUGGAAGUUUAUUAUCUGAUUUAGGUGAAUAUGAUAAAUCACAAAAAUAUUUUGAACAUUUAUUAAAUGAUUCAAAUGAUGAAGAUUUUGCUUGGAUUGAAUUUCAUAUUGGUAAAAUUUUUCAUCUUAAAAAUAAAUUGAAUGAAGCUCAAGAAUAUUAUAAUCAUGCAUAUGAUUGUAUGAUGAAAAAUGAACCAGCACGAAUUAAAGAUUCUGCAUAUGUUCUUCAUAAUAUUGGCAAUAUUCUUGCUAAUCAACAAAAAUAUGAUGAAGCUCUUGAUUAUUAUCAACGAGCAUUGAAAAUCAAUGAGAGAUUUUAUUCAUCUGAUCAUAUCACUAUUGCACAUGUUCUCAAUAAUAUUGGUAAUGUUCUUGCUAAUCAACGAAAACAUCAUGAAGCUCUCGAUUAUUAUCAACGAGCAUUGAAAAUGAAAGAGAGAUUACAUCUAUCGGAUGAUGUUGAUAUUGCUAUAAGUCUUAGUAAUAUUGGUAAUAUUCUCUUUGAUCUAAGACAAUAUGAUGAAGCUCUUAACUAUUAUCAACAAGCAUUAAAAAUUGAUGAGAAAUUUUAUUCAUCUAAUCAUAUUCAUAUUGCUGAUAGUUUAAAUUAUAUUGGUAUGUGUUAUGAAAAUCUAAAUCAGUCACCGAUGGCACUUAACAAUUAUCUACUUGCAUUAACUAUUUAUGAAAAAAUUCUUCCUAUUGAACAUCCUAAUCGACAGAGAACAGAACAGUAUAUUUUUCGACUUACUAGAAAUAACUAA